GUGACUCUGAGACGGUACUACAGGCACUUUGCAAUGGCCAAGUUGAACCUUUGCACUUCGCUUCUGCUCUUGUGCCUGGUCGGGGGCAGCCUGCAGGGAGGAGUAUUUAGACCACAAUCAAAUGGCCGUGGAGCCCUUUACUUCCCAUCCCUGAUAAGGGGUGUAGGAGGUGUGCAGCCAGGAGUUGGAUUGGGACCAGCUGGAGCUAAGGCUGGGAAAUAUCCAGUCUAUGGCACUCAAGGAUUGCCUGCAGGACUGGGAGCUCAGAUCGGAUUUGGGACUGGAACAGGCUUUGGGAGCAGGCCAGGAAAGCCAGGUUACAGAGUCCCAGUUGCAUUUGGAGCAGGUUAUAGAGGUCUUGGUUACCCCCGUCCAGGCCUCCCCUUGGGAGGCCUUGGAGCAAGAGGCAAACCUUCCAAAGCAGCAGGUUAUGGGGCAGGGCCCAGUGCCAAUGGCUACCCAACAGCAGGAGCACAGCAAGCCUAUCUUGGUGGAGUUGGAGCUGGAGGCUACCCAAGCAAUGGACUCCAGAAUGGAUACGGCUAUGGAGCUGGAGGCAAUGGAUUUCCUGGUGUUGCACCUAAACCAGGCAGAUAUGGAAAUGGUGCCCAGGCUCCUUAUGGCAGUCAAUUAGGAGGCCCUGCUGGGGAUCCCGCUGCUGCCAAAUAUGGAGGAGCAGGACAACUCCCAUACAGUGGGCAGCCGGAGGGUGUUGGCCUGGGAGGAGACUAUGGUGCUGGAAGAUAUGGAGUGCCUCAGAGCCCUUAUGGAGCCCAACCUGGUGGCUCAGGUGGUAUCAGUGUAGACCCAGCUGCAGCUAAAUACGGCAAUGGAAAUGGAAUGGGAUAUAUGAAUGGUGGAGACCUCCAAGCUAAUGGGCUGGGGGCAGGUGCAUAUAGUCCCCUCACAGCAGGGCAAGUACCAGAAGGCUAUGGCAGUCCAUUAGGGCCUGGACAAGCAGUGGGAGGAUACGGAGGGAAAGAAGCAAAGUAUGGAUUGAAUGGAUUUCUGGGAAAUGGAUACAGAGAUCGGUGCGCUUCUGGAAAAUGCUGAGGAACAGUGUUGCUGUGUGGAACUUUCUGCGGCAGGAUUUAGGCAUUCCAGCAACUUUUGGUGCUAAGUGUGAUGACCAACAAACAACUUUUCCAGUAUAAAUGAUCCCAUCUUUCUUUUUCCUGUUUUUAUUAUAUUAGAAACCUUUCGUUUUAAAAGGAGCAAAAUUUUUUACUGUGUUAGCAUGUCAGUGAUCAGUGUUACAGAAAUGGGCAUGUGGAGUUGGAAAUCCCUUUUCUUCCAAAGAGAUGCGACUUACAAAUUCCAUUUCUCUGGAGGUAGCCUAGAAAUUAUUCCCAUCUUAGUGUGCAUCUAGAUACCCAGACACAAGUGUCUUUUCAAUUAAAAAUAAUAAUAA